UUUAACCUUCUGUAUUUUGGUUGUCCGUCCGUGAAAAUAUUGCAAUCAAACUCACGGUUUUCUCUGGAAAGUCUGGUUGUUAUUUCCGAGUGGAAAAAGGCAUUCAUGAGUGCCUUCAUGAUGGAUGCUUCGUGCAUGGAGCUCGCCCUUGAAGGAGAGAGGCUGUGCAAAGCAGGCAACUGCAAAGCAGGUGUCCAGUACUUCGAAGCUGCUGUAGAGGUGGGAACAGACGACCUACGGACACUCAGCGCCAUCUACAGCCAGUUGGGCAAUGCCUAUUUUUAUCUGCAGGACUACACGAGGGCGCUGGAGUACCACAGGCAUGACUUGACGCUGGCAUGCACGUUGGGGGACCACAUAGGGGAAGCUAAAGCGAGUGGUAACCUCGGAAACACGCUGAAGGUGUUGGGGAAAUUUGACGAGGCCAUCGUCUGCUGCCAAAGACACCUGGACAUAUCGAGAGAGCUUGGAGACAGGGUUGGAGAAGGCAGGGCACUGUACAACCUCGGCAAUGUCUACCAUGCGAAGGGAAAGCACGCCGGCCGAGCAGGGCACCAGGACCCUGGGGAUUUCCCAGAAGAGGUGAUAGCAUGCCUGAAGAAAGCUGUGGAAUUUUACGAGAUGAACCUGACAAUUGUCAAAUCGCUAGGAGACAAGGCGGCCCAAGGUAGAGCAUGCGGUAACCUAGGCAACACUCACUACUUGCUUGGUAAUUUUGAGACGGCUAUCGGAUUCCAUAAAGAGAGGCUGUCCAUCGCCAAAGAAUUCGGAGACAAAGCUGCGGAGAGAAGGGCGUAUAGUAACCUUGGCAACGCUUGUGUAUUCAUGGGAGAUUUUGAGACUGCUGCUGAUUUCUACAAGAAAACCUUGCACAUCGCCAGGAGGUUAGGGGACGUGGCCAUCGAGGCCCAGGCCUGCUACAGCUUAGGUAACACCUUCACACUUCUUAGAGAUUACAACACGGCCGUGGAGUAUCAUGAGAGACAUCAUAGAAUAGCACAGAAGCUCAAAGACAGGGUCGGAGAGGGCAGGGCAUGUUGGAGUCUAGGUAAUGCACACACGGCGCUACAGAACCACGACAAGGCUUUGCACUAUGCAACACUUCACCUGCAGAUAUCCAGAGAGGUGGGGGACAAAACAGGGGAACUCACAGCGCAGAUGAACCUGGCUGAUCUACGGACUGUACUCAGACUUGACAAAGACCCUGGCAGCCAAGAUGGUCUUCUCCAAAGCGCCAAUCAGAAGACCCUUAAAGAAAAAGAACAAAACAGGCAACGUCGGCGAAGUAUGGAACGUCUAGAACUGGUUACCAUGACACCAGACAAGAAUGCUGUCCUUGGCGCCACGGCCAACGGCAAAUCCAAACAGUCCAUGGGAGCCAAGUUCAAGAGGAAAGCAGCCAACAAGGAGAAACUGAGCAGGAAGAGUUCCAACACAUCCAGCACCAGCUCCAGCAGUGGUGAUUCUGCAUCAUGCAUCGUCAAGACGGAGAAUGUUAAUAUACAAGUAUCGCCUGCGCAGAGGGCCUCCCCAGAGAUAAUGGACGAUGACGACAGCUUCUUUGACGUCUUAAGCCGCUUCCAGGGGAAGAGGAUGGACGAGCAGCGGUGUUCCUUCAACCGGAUUCAAGACAAGCAACGAGAGAGGGAGAACAGUGAAGAUAGAGAUUACCCGAUGAAAGAGGAGCUGAUGAAUCAGAUAGCUAGCUUCCAGCGGAGUCGGCUAAACGAGCAACGCUCCAGCAUAUGCAACCUCCCUGGUCUCAAGACCAACAACGAGGAAGUCUUAGGGCAACUCCUUCAUAAAGGGGGCCAGGGAGUACCUGAUGAUGACUUCUUUGAUAUGCUAAUGAGGUGUCAGGGGUCAAGAAUAAAUGACCAGCGGAGUGAGCCCCCAGUCUUGCAACCUGCCCCCACGGUACCAGACGAGGAUUUCUUUGCCCUGAUACAACGCGUCCAGUCCAAGCGAAUGGACGCUCAACGAGCCGACAAAGGCCCCAAAGAUAAGAAAUAAGUAAUAUUUUUAGACAACGCACUCUUCCCUCCUUGGAACAAGGUUAUUUAAUAUUAAAAGGUCCACAUUCAACUAGAGAUGUGGUGACUGGAUGCUGCGUUUUAGUAACAGACAAUUCGUAGAGCGGAAGGCACCAUGUAAGAUGGCAAACAUCCUUAUAACAUCGAGCAGGAAAUGAGCUAAGCUUAACAACAGCUGUAUAAUCAGCUGAGCCACAAAAGGAAGCCUAGCUACAAAAUUAUUAAACGUGGGCUAAGCUUAACAUUAGGUGGAAGCUUGUCCAAGGAAAGCAUAGCGAAGCAUCAAAUACCGUCAAACGGGGAACUGAGCUUGUAGUCAAUCGUGAGUUAAGCUUAACUUCAAGCAGGAGCAAUGUGUUACAGGAGCUAAGCUGUGCGUCAAGUGCAAACUUGCUUAUCUGAGCUAGCGCAGUGACAAGAUCCUGGACAUCACCUUCUUAGCAGAAUGAGCUGAAACAUUACCACUCUGGACCCCAUUAGAUACAUGUAUAAUCCACCAGCAGUGACUGCUGAAGCAAUGUACCUCACUGGAUGCAAGCUACUUUAGGAUUCUGUUUUGUGCACACACAAAAUAUAGGAUAACAUAAUAUUUAAUAAGCAGAGGAUGGUACUACACAAGAUAACUUCUUUGAUACCAAGGCCUGCUAUAGGGGAAGAGGCAGGGCACCUUCCUAAUGUUCCCAUACUUUAACUCACCUUUUUCAUCUUGUACAGAAGGACCCCCUCCUAAAAUCCUCCCAUAUAGCUCCUGAGAUUCCAAGCACACAACAAAGACAUGGGGGCACUAGGCUAGUAGAGUGAUUUAAAAGUCCCUUUUCUGAAAAUUCUUGGCUUCAAAACCAGUUUUAAUAAAUAAAAUAAAAUAAAAUAAACCACACCAAAUGAAUCUGGUCUACUCUAAACCUUUAUCACGGUGUGGUCAUCUUGAUUUUACUUCAUUCCAACUCAUUGUAACCAAAGUGAGGCUGGACGAAAU